UCGAACGCUCACAAAUUAUUUUUUAAUCCUAAACGAGAUAAAAAGUUAAAAAUUACAUUAAUUUAUAUUGAGAUAAAUUUUUUCUAAAGUGCCAAUAAGUUCCGCGGAAUCGUAUUACUCCAUAAGUAUUCUUUUAUUUGAAUUGACACUAAAAAGAUGACUUGUAUCGUGCACACUUCAACACGUGGUUACACUGGACAUUGUAACCUCUAAACUCGUAAUGUUUUUUUUUUGUCACAAAUACUCGCGUUAAUAAAUAAAAAUGACAAAGUCUCGCGAAAUUAGUUCACAAAGGUGGAAGCCCGUAAAGCUAGAAGGUUCUAUUUUAUCUUCUGGUAUCGAAAACUUAAUAGGUAUCGAAGAAUUGACGGAUUAUAAAUUAGAAGAAAAAUCUCUCAUUUCGACAAAAAAUUCUAGUAAACGAAAGAAUUUAUUGUCUGUUAAUGAUGAUAACGAAGAGCUAUUCACCAAGAAACAAAAACUAUCAAAGCCCCGUGAACUUCAGAAGAAAAAAAUUAACAAAAAUAAAAAUAAUAAAAUGAAUUCUAACGAUAAUCAACAGGAAGUUGUAAAUAGUAUCAAAAAGAAACAAAAUUUUGUUACGAUGAAUUCUGAAGAUCAUCAACAAGAAGAAAAAAAUGAAUCAAGUGGCUCUGAUCAUUUAAAUUCAUCAGAAAAUUUUGAUAGAGAAGCUUGGAGUUCCUUAGGAGUUCCUGAUCCUAUUUUACGAGCUCUUGAAGAUCAAAACUUCUCAACUCCAACACCAAUACAGUCUCUUACAUUGGCUCCAGCAAUAUUAGGUAGAAGAGAUAUCUUAGGAGCUGCUGAAACUGGUAGUGGUAAAACUCUAGCAUUUGGAAUUCCAAUUUUAACAAGGAUAAUGGAACAUAAAAAAAAAUCCGCCGAAAAACAUCAAAAUUUGAAAAAUAUUUCUAAUCGAGGUGCUACUAAUAAAGGAUGGAUAGUUUCUGAGAAACAAAAUGAUUCUGAUGAAGAAAGUGAAGAACUUGAUGAUAUUGAAGAAACACCUCACAAAAACUUUGGUUGUGUAAAAGUAAUUGAUAAUCUGGAUUUAGAAGAAGAUAAUAAUGAAACAAAAGCAAUAAAAAAACCAUUAUAUGCAUUAAUUUUAACACCAACAAGAGAGCUUGCUAUUCAGAUAAAAAAUCAUUUAACUAAAGCAGCGAAGUAUACAGAUAUCAAGAUAGCUGUAGUAGUUGGCGGAAUGGCUGCGGUUAAACAAGAAAGAAUUUUGAGCAAAGGUCCUGAGAUUGUCAUUGCUACGCCUGGGCGACUAUGGGAAUUAAUUGAACAGGGAAAUGCCCAUCUAAAUCAACUAGACUCCCUUAAAUAUUUAACUAUUGAUGAAACUGACAGAAUGUUGGAAAAAGGACAUUUUCAAGAACUUCAUCAGCUGAUGGAAAAAAUGAAUUUUAAUGAAAAUGCUGUUAAACACCGCCAAGUGUUUGUCUUUUCUGCUACACUUACUCUAGUUCAUGAUAUCCCAGAUUUUUUGAUGCGCAAGAAACAAAAAUCUCGCAAAAGCAAUAUAUACAAGCUAACACCUGGUCAAAAAUUACAAAAGGUUAUAGAUAUGCUGAAAAUAAAAAAUCCAAAAAUAGUUGACGUGACUCAAUCAAAAGGUACGGCAGAAACUCUGACAGAAUGUCGUAUUGCCUGUACGAUAGAUCACAAAGACUAUUACCUCUAUUAUUUUCUACGAAGACAUCCUGGGAGAACACUAGUAUUCUGCAACAGUAUUGGAUGUGUUCGACGACUAGCAACACUUUUCGGAAUACUUCAAUGCAAUCCUUUACCUUUACAUGCAAAUAUGAUUCAAAGGCAACGCUUAAAGAAUCUUGAGAGGUUUCAAGAAGAUCCAAAUGGACUUUUGAUUGCAACUGAUGUUGCUGCUAGAGGUCUUGAUAUUCCCAACAUCGAACAUGUUAUCCAUUAUCAAGUUCCUCGAACAUCUGAAAGUUAUAUUCAUAGAAGUGGGAGAACAGCACGUGCUUGGAAGGAAGGUAUUACAGUUUUGAUGAUGGAACCUUCAGAGUUGCAAUUUUAUACCAAACUUUGUCAAACUUUGGGUCGAACUCAAGAUAUGCCAGCCUUUCCGGUCGUAGACAGACUACUUAUUGCUGUAAAGGAAUGUGUCAACACAGCUAGAGAAAUUGAUAAAUUAGAGCUCAUGUGUCGACGUAACAAUACACAGAAAGGAUGGUUGAAAAAAGCUGCUGAGGAUAUGGAUCUUCUUCUUGAUGAAGAUCAAAUUGAAACCACAAUGGAAGAGCAAGAGACAGCUACUAUAAAGCGUCAAUUGAAAAUAAAAAAACACCAACUUUCCGCGUUAUUAUCAAAACCUCUAUUUCCUAAAGGAUACUCGGGUAAAUAUUUAAAUGAUACUAUUGAGUUUGAAUUAUUACCCGAUAAAGAAAGUGCAGUGGAAAAAGUGAAAAAAGUGAUAAUUGAUAGUCCGAAAUUAUCGAAGGCAAAGACUUAUGGCACUUUUAAAAAAAUAAAGCGUUCGAUAAAAUAAGA